GCAGAAUCCAGCAAUAUUGGAACGGUACGACCGCACUAUCAAGGAGCAACUGGAAAAGGGAGUCAUCGAGACUGUCCAAAUCGGAGGCAAGGACCCGGAACGGGUACACUACCUGCCUCACCAUGCCGUCGUGCGCAGUGACAAGACUACUACGAAAUUACGCAUUGUUUACGAUGCUUCAGCCAAGUCCGACGGCCCCUCACUGAAUGAAUGCUUGCACAAAGGUCCGAAGUUCAACCAACUGAUUCUCGACUUAUUGCUGCGAUUCCGAUCAUAUCCGAUUGCCUUGACAGCUGAUGUCGAAAAGGCGUUUCUGAUGAUAGCAGUUAACGACAGUGACCGUGAUGUCCUGCGGUUUAUUUGGAUAGACGAUAUCACCAAGGACAAUCCAGAGUUACAAGUGUUCCGAUUUGCCAGAGUUGUGUUCGGCGUAUCCUCAAGCCCCUUCCUACUCAAUGCCACGAUCAAGUUUCACUUGGAAGGUUACUUGGAAUCCAACGAGGGCACCGUUCGACGCCUACUCCAAUCAACUUACGUUGACGACAUCGUCACAGGUGCAGAAACGGAAGAAGCAGCGUUUGAUCUAUACGUCCAAGCUAAGGAUAUGUUUCGUCACGGAGGAUUCAACCUCAGGAAAUUCCUGACCAACUCAAGAGAGCUACAGCAACGUAUUGACUGUGCAGAAGAUCCAACCAACAAAAUCCCAACCCCAAGAAAGCUGCCUGGACGAGACGUAUGCCAAGGCUACGCUCGGAUGUUCACCCACUGA